UAUCUGUGAAAACAGCAGUUGAUGCUUCCAUAUUCAUAGUCAGUGAUUUCCAUUCUAGAUAUGGUCAGCUUACAAGUAAAACAUUGUUUUUCUAACUGCAAACUCAGCCUGGGGUCAAACUUAGUUCUUUUCCUUUUUUGCAGCAUUAGUAAUAAUUGAAGUGGUUUGAAAUAUUGUGUUUGAAACAUUUUUUUUAAGGAAGCAACUUUUUUUUAUCAAAAGGGAAACUUCUGCCAGAAAUGUUUGUAGUCAAUAAAAUUUUGGGGGUUUUCAUUAGAAAAUGGAAACGUUUCUGGGGUCCAAGUUUUCAUUUUUUAGUGAAAUUCUAGAAUAAUUUGUUUGAUGAAAAAUAUUGAUAAAAACAUUUUGUUUUCAUGUGUACAAAAGUAUUUCCUGAGCAGCGUUUGUUAAUUGAGAUGUUGCAGGGCGAAUUAUGUCCAUGGUAACAUCUUUGCACUUUACUGCCCUGGAGAGAUUUGGCCAAGAUGAACAAAGCGGAACCAUCCCCUUUGCUCACUCCUAGCUAUGUACUCUCCAGAGGCAACAGGAAUAAAAAACGGAAGGUGGACAUUACUGGCACAGGCCCCAAUCCUGAAAGCAUCUGUGCAGAUGCUGAACUUCAAGCUGGCGAAUAGUAGGUCUAAUCAUCUUCUUAAAAAGAAAACUCUUGUUGAUAUCAAGGGGACUCUUACUCAGGUUAACCUGUUCAUCUUGCUGUCUGUCGUCUGUGUCCUUUUGAACCUGGCUGGAUUUAUUUUAGGAUGUCAAGGAGCUCAGUUUGUAUCCAGUGUACCCAGAUGUGAUCUGGUGGAUCUGGGUGAAAGUAAGAUAUGCUUCUGCUGUGAAGAAUUUCAUCCAGCAAAAUGUACAGAGAAAGAGAAUGCACUGAAGCUGUACCCAGUUCAGUCAUGUAGUGCUGUUCACCUUCUACUCAAGAAAGUUCUUUUUGCUCUGUGCGCCUUGAACGCUCUGACCACCACAGUUUGCUUGGUAGCAGCUGCCCUGCGUUACCUUCAGAUACUUUCAACAAGACGAUCAUGCAUAGAUGAAUCUCAGGUAUCUGCAGAGGAAGGUGAAGAACAACACCACAGUUCAGAUCCUGAAGAGUUUGUUCCACCUGUACCACCUCCAUCAUAUUUUGCAACAUUUUAUUCUUGCACACCCAGAAUGAAUCGCAGAACGCUCGGUUCUGAUGUUAUUCCAUUGCCACAUAUUUAUGGAGCUAGAAUGAAAGGAGUUGAAGUAUUCUGUCCUCUGGAUCCACCUCCUCCAUAUGAAGCUGUGGUGAGCCAAAUCAGUCGUGAGCAGGAAGGUGCAUUCCAAAUCCCUGACGGGUCUGAAGCUGUUGCUGUUCCUCCAGAACUGAAUGAUACACAGACCUCUCAAGUACAUGAGGAUAUUCCCAGCUCUUCCAGUAGAGAGAGCCUUCCACCUUCAGAUCCCAGCCCAGAGCCUGCAGAAGCAUGCAAGAGAGUCUUCAGUCCUCUGCGAAAGAGAUCAAAAAGUGACCCUGUGCUUCAUGGCUUGCCACCUAGGGGUCCAGUGUUAAGCUGUGAAGCUGCAACUCAAACAGAGAUAAAACCAGAACUGGCUACUGUCAUUUUGCGGAAGAGUUUGAGAGCAAGAGCUUUGAGAGCAAGACCACGGUCCUUGAUAGACUAUAAGUCAUAUAUAGACACUAAACUUCUCGUGGCAAGGUUCCUAGAGCAGUCCUCCUGCAGUAUGACCCCUGAUAUACAUGAAUUGGUGGAAAAUAUCAAAUCCGUUUUAAAGUCAGAUGAAGAGCACAUGGAGGAAGUCAUCACCAGUGCCAAUUUCCUUGAGCAGAUUAUGACUCCUGCUUGUCCAUCUACAUCAAGAGCACACACACUGCCAUUUAGAAGACACCCAGGACUACUACACCUGGAAAGCUGUGGAGAUCUGAGCACUUUCACUACAGCAGAAAACCAAGUAUCAGAAAGGAGAAGCCAAAGAAUAGAGCAUGAGCGACCUCACAGUCUCAUUGGAGUUGUACGGGAAACUGUCCUUUGAUUUGGUGUGUUUCUAAUUCUUCUCUUAGAGUUCCUCCAUCAGACAAAGGCACAGCGCAGGAAAACCAUCUCUGAAAAGCAGGGUGAUGGGAAUGUCACAAUUACUUCCUCCCCCCCACUCCCCCAAUAGUCUCCUAAUGUUGUUUUUGGAACCGUUGACUGGAGACUCUUUGAGAAAAUUAAUUCAACAGAACCUCUUGUUGUUCUGGUUCUUCGCUGGCUUUAAAACAAGGAUAUUCAGGUGUGGUUAGUAUACUCCAGGAUCAUUAUAGUUUAUGGCUUCUUGGGAUUGCAAUGUUAUGACUAAACCACGUUGUACAGUACAAUGCUUCUAUACCUUGAUUUCUAUCCUUUGAGGUGAGGUCACUGUACAUACAUUCAUUUGUUUCUUGUCCUACUGAAGAGUGUUGGCCAAAUUAUGCUCUCCUUUUUGUAUAAAUCCAAAAUAAAAACAUUGAAGUAAAUGAGACAGCUGUUCAGCUUGUUAAAAUUGGCAUCAAUCCCUUGGUUGUGGCAGAGCUGGGGUGAUUUACCCCAGCCAUGAAGAUAGCCUGAUGGAUUUGCUCCAGCCUAUUUGUAUUUGUCCAGAACAGUAUGUGUUUUCAUAGGCAUCUUCCUGGUGAAAGUGCUUGUGCCACCACCUUUGGAAAACCUCUUUUUGGGCUUGGGAGUCAGGGAGCUGAAAUGACAGCAUGUUGUUUUGGUGCCCUCAAUUACACAGCCCAAACAGCUAAUUAGGAACAGCAAACACUCCAAAUCCCAGUGAAUAGUUUGUGAGCCAUGCCUGGGCUGUGGUAAACUGGCAUCAAAUAGUUAUUUAGUCAUUCUGAACAACAUACAGGUUCAUAAGAGUCUCUUUGCAACUAAUUCUUGAACAGAAAAAAAGCACUAAAUUCCUCAACUCCUAGUUGGAGACUAGUUUCUCAGGUACUGCUGGUAACCAGGAACAGGUUUCAGCCCUGCUUCUCUAUUUGGCAAGGAUGUAUGGGCUUAAACCAAAGCUCAUUAAAGUCAGUAGGCGUCUUUCCAUUAACUUCCAAGGGCUUUCGAUCAGGCUCAUAGUUUGUACUAUCAAGACCAUUUGUAGCAGCUUACAGCCUCUUGCAUCUCAGCAAGAUAUGAGUUGUCAUUUAAGCAGGCUGAUUAAAAAUUCCUGCUGUUACUGUAAUGAUAAAGCUUCACUUAGGGUAAUUAUUAAACCACUUGUCCUAGGGAAAAACAACAAAAAAAGCUUUAAACUGUAAGUUUUAAUUAAGUCUGUUUAGGAGGAGAACACAUUGGUUCAGUUUAUUGGUGUUUGAAAAAUGAGAAGCGGACUUAAGAAAUAAAAGGUUUAAUUUGUA